UUAAUACAAACUGUUAGAAAUGUUGUUUCUGUAAAUAGAGAAAUACAGUUUUUGAAUCAGGUCAGUAGAUACCUGUAAUAUUCUCAUUCUCAUAGUCGUGACUAGGCAAGAGUCUUCUUGAAGCAAGCAGGAAUAUCUGGAGGAGUAUCAUCUGAACUGAAAUCUGCUGCUGUGAAGAUGCUGUUUGUUAAAGAGGAGAGUGAGGAGAACACGAGUGAACCAGAAACCUGGAGAAUAAAACACGAGGAACCAGAGCCCCGGAGAAUAAAACAGGAGGAACAAGGAGAGUUGAUUGAAGAUAAUGAGGAGAAAGAAGAAUUGAGUGAAGUUGAGGAGAAAAAUCAUGUCAAAAGUGGAGAGGAUCCAUUCACUUGUGAUCAGUGUGGGAAGAGUUUCACUCAAUCAUCAAACCUUAAGAGACACAUUAAUAUUCAUACGGGAGAGAAAGUGUACACAUGUGAUCAAUGUGGAAAAAGUUUCACACAAUCAUCACACCUUAAGAGACACAUGAACAUUCACACUGGAGAGAAACUGUACACUUGUGAUCAAUGCAGCAAAACAUUUUUGUGGGCUUCAGAACUGAAGAAUCACCUGCGAGUUCAUACGCUUGAAUCUUUUGUAGAACUGUAG